AUGUAUAAAUUACUGGGCAAGCGAAGAAAUAGGGACAAUCUGUAUAACAUCUCUGUCAGUGUGCAUUGCCGGUAUGGAAAUCUUAAUGAAGCAACUGUUUGUACUGCUCAUUACCGUCAAGCACAUCUUUUUUUCCUUGAAUAUUUUCAGCUCUAUGGUCGAGCUCUGUUCUUCAUAAUUGCUUUGGGAAUUGGAGGGACAUUUCAAAAUGGAUUCCACAUGUCAUCUAUCAACUCUCCUUCACUUUACAUUCAGAAUUUUAUAAAUGGAAGCUGGGUGGCACGUUAUGGCAACCCUAUGGAGGAGAGAAGUGUAAAAUUGAUCUGGUCAGCUAUAGUGUCUGUCUAUUCCAUAGGAGGCUUGGUUGGGUCCUUAAGUGUUGGAUACUUUAUUAUAAAAUAUGGAAGAAAGAAAUGCAUGCUUUAUAACAACGUCAUCGCUUUAGCUGCAGCAGCGAUAAUGGGUUGCAGCAGAAAAGCCAACUCUUUUGAAAUGAUUUUGGUUGGAAGAUUUCUGUAUGGUUUCAGCACAGGACUAGGUACAAAUAUCCAUGUCAUUUAUCUUGGGGAAAGUGCACCCAGAAAAAUCAGAGGAAUUGUGACAAUGUCUGCAGCAACAUUCAAUUCCAUCGGGAAAUGGUCGGGGCAACUUUUUGGCCUCAGUGAAGUUUUGGGGCGUGAGGAUCUCUGGCACUUUCUCAUAGCCUUUGCCAGUAUUCCUGCUGUAUUUCAGCUCAUCUCACUUCCGUUUUUCCCAGAGGCCCCCAGAUAUUUGCUAAUCGACAAAGGAAACCAAGAAAUGUGCCAUAAAGCCCUGAAAAAGCUCUGGGGGAGGAAGGAUUUCAAAGCUGAGAUUGAGGAGAUGCUGGAGGAGCAGGCUGCGAUAAAAGGGGCAAAACCUAAAAGUGUCUGGGAGCUUCUUCGAGACAGAUCCCUACGCUGGCAACUUAUCACCGUGCUGGUGACUCUCACUGCCAUUGAGUUCAGUGGAGUCUCUAUAAUUUCCAGCUAUGCCUUUGAAGUGUUUCGUGAGGCUGGGAUUCCUGAUGAGAAGAUUUGUUAUGUGACGCUGGGUGUAGGGGCUACUGAAGUCUUCACUUCAAUCACAUGUGGAUUUCUCAUUGAUAACAUAGGGAGAAGAGCGUUGCUAUGGAGAGGGUUCGUCUGCAUGGCUUCAACAAUGGCAUUACUCACAAUUACACUUUAUCUGAAGGAUACAAUAUCUUGGCUACCGUACUUCAACAUCUUUCUUAUCUUUAUCUUUAUCAUGUUUUAUGGACUUGGCCCAGCGAGUGCGAUACUGCCUCUUUGUCAUGAGAUUUUCAUUCAGUCUUCAAGACCGGCAGCCUUUGUUUUCAUUGGGAUCCUUAAAAGAACAGAGUUUGCUGUGAUAGGAAUGGCUUUCCCCUUUUUGGUUGCCGAGCUUAAAAACUUCAGUUUUCUGAUAUUUUGUGGGUUCUGCCUGUGUGGAGCAUUGUUUGUCUUUUUCAUGGUCCCUGAAACAAAGGGGAAAACUAUGCUAGAAAUAUCAGAAGAAUUCAACAGCACAAAUAUUUGCAGACUUUUCUGCAGAAAGGAUGCUCAGAACCAUGAUGAGACUAUUCUAUCAACAAGACUGUAAUGUUAAAAGACAUUAUUUUCAUGACCACGCAUCUGGUACAUUAAAUCACUCCAGAACUGGUAGGACCAUGAGAAAUAUCUGUAUUAUCAUACACAUCAGAAAUGAUUGAUGUUUCAUUUUACAUUUCUAUCCAAUACAUUUACAUUAAACAAAAAUGUUUUACACUGAUGCUUGGAUUAAUUCUAAAUGAUUGCUGUCCUACGGCAAAUUUAAUGCCAAUAAUGACAAGUCAUUAAAUUAUACAUCUUCUAUGUGUAGUGGAGGUUGCUGCAUUACAAAAUAUUACAAAAUAUAUUUAAUACAGGUUUUAAUUAUGUAAGCAAGCUCUGAACAUAACUUGUAAUGGGUGACAAUAGGGCUCCCUCUUUUUUCUUGUUUUCAUUGAGCAUGUUGUGUGUACUGAAGGAAAUGGGAGAGUAAAUGAAUAAAGGAUAAAGUGUG